AUGAGUAAUCUGAUGGCCUGUGAAUCGUUUGCUUCUGUCUCUCAUUGGGAAGAAAUCGUUCGACGUCCUGACUGCGGAUAUGGCGAUCAUUUUGGCCCAGAACGCAUCGAAUGGUGGGCGUUCUCUUGUAUGAGCUUUGCGAUGAUUCUGGCCACCGUUACUUCAAUGAUUGGUCUAUCCAAUAACAAGAACUUCCUUCUUCUUCCACAUCUGUGCCUACUGUUCAUCUUCUGCCUGUUUGCUGCUCGAGUGCUAGCAGGUGUAGUGGCUGAACUCGACUACUCCGAACCGAAUUGGACAUUUAGGAUCGCAGUUCUAGCGCUAGCUGGUAAGUUUGCCGCUUUCGCUCCACUUGCCCUCCCUCCUGACUCGUCCUCCUUUUCAGAAAUAUUCUUGUUCUGUUCACUAUUU